CCAUAUCCCUCUUCUCCCUCUCCUCCAUCCCCCCCAGUACCCGCUCGUUAUCCUCGCUGCCUCUAUUCUGGGAGGAAAGUGGAAUGGCGGCCAGCUGUCUCUGCUGCCCCUGAGCUGAUACCCCGGAGCGUGAUAGGGAGGGAAUAUCUGGAACAUGUCAGCAGGUUAUGCUGGAAGAGGCUGCGUCUCACACAUGGCUACACAGGAGCCGGAGAUUAAGAGCAGCGCCUCCAUUAUCCCAUGUUUCCUCUUUGUAGAGCUUGUCCUGAUGGCUGGAACCGUCAUCCUCUCCUACCACUUUGAAUACACGGACACCUUUCCUGUACACUCCCAGGGUUUCUUCUGUUACGACAGCACCUUGUCCAAGCCAUACCCAGGUCCGGAGAGCACCAGCCGGGCCCCGCCACGUCUGCUGUACCCCCUGAUCACCGUGCUGCCUGUCCUGACGAUCUUGCUGGGAGAGGUAUCUGCGGUCUUCAUCAACCCACGAUGGAGGAGAAAGGAGAAGGUCAUCUCAUGUGGUGACUGCUGCUUCUUCAACCCUCUGCUGCGUCGUGUGGUCAGGAUUCUGGGACUCUUUUCUUUUGGGUUGUUCUGCACAGUAAUCUUUGCUGGAGCCGUUCAGACGGUCACUGGAAACCAGGCUCCUCACUUCUUGUCCGUGUGUCGCCCCAAUUACACAGCUCUGGGCUGUGUGUCCCACUUACAGUAUGUGUCCUCGCUGUACGCCUGCACUGGUGACCCCGAGCUCAUCACCGAGGCUCGCAAAGCUUUCCCCUCCAAGCCAGCAGCUUUAGGAGCAUACGCUGCUGUUUACACCACGAUGUACGUCACGCUGGUCCUGAAGAUAAAAGGAUCUCGGCUGGUGAAACCAUCCCUGUGUCUGACUCUCCUCUCCCCGUCAUGGCUGCUCUGUCUGCUGCGUGUUGCUGAGUACCGGAACCACUGGAGGGAUGUUCUUGCUGGCACUGUGGUUGGAUCUGCUAUUGCUGUGUUCCUAGUUACCUGUGUAUUGAAUAAUUUCGGGAGCUCCACCUCCGAGGAGAAGGAGUUACAUCAGAAAGAAGAGGAUGAGGUCCCUGUACCUGAGAACCUUCAUCCUGCGGCACGUGAAAAGACUGUGGAACUACAUCCAGCAAUGUUACCUGACCCCCCACCAUGCCUUGUUCCUGUCACCCCAGAUGUUCUCAUACCAUCGAACUGUAUGACCAGCCAAGUAUAGAGCACAAUGGCACUCAUCAGAGUUUGGCCAACUGCGCAGAGCCAUAAGAGUGUGAUCCCUUUGCACUGAAUAUCAGUUUGCACGUCAGAGACAAAUCUCCUGCCUUUACCACCACUCUGACUCUGGUAACAUAACGUGAGAUGUUUUCCAGAUUUUGACGCCAAAUUCUCAAUUAUCAAAAGCGAUUUCAUCUUAGUAGUAUUAUUGAACAUGCGUGUCAUUGGUAUGUGUGUGCCGUUGUAUGUUUAUACCGUUGUAAUUGCAGCAUAAGUAGCACAUAUGACAUUCCCUCUGUUUCCUUACAG